GUCAUCGUGGGCGUACACGCCAGACGGGGUGAUUUCCUAACAGACUUUAAUAAAAAACUUGGAUUUGGCGUCCCGAAGGUGUCGUAUUUCAUAAACGCAUUUCACAGAAUGAGGUCGAUGCUGAACGAUAGGAACGUGACCUUUGUUGUGACAAGCGAUGACCUGGCAUGGUGUCAUGAAAAUUUAAAUUUUACAGACGUCAAAAUACUGGAGCCCGGUUCAGCCGAACUGCACUUUGGUGUCCUAGCCAAUUGUGAUCACGUGAUAUUAUCCAGCGGGACCUACGGCUGGUGGGCAGCCUGGCUGGCUGAUGGCAUUUCCAUUUACUACGACGGAUAUUUUGUCGCUAGAUCUAUCUUAAGGGGGAACGUUCACAUACCAGAUUAUUAUCCACCAGGAUGGAUAGCUGUCGGAGACUGA